CCCUUUAAGGCGGCUUGGGUGUCGGCUCAAAGAGGAACCGAAGAGUCAAAACUGGAAACUAGUUGAAAGAAGAAAAACAUCCAAAACAAACAUCUGAAGUUUGGCGGUUCGGACAGGUCAGCGGGCCUGAGGCUUCGGAUGCGGUCGCCAUGGUGAAGGAUGUUUCGGAAAGUGAAGAAGCGGCACAGCAGCAGCAGCUCACAGAGCAGUGAGAUCAGCACCAAGAGCAAGUCCGUCGACUCCAGUUUGGGAGGACUGUCCAGGUCCAGCACCGUCGCCAGCCUCGACACCGACUCAAACAAGAGCUCAGGAAACAACGCGUCGGAAACAUGCGCCGAGUUCCGGGUGAAAUACGUCGGAUCCAUCGAGAACCUGCAGUUUGAGAUGAGCAAAACCCUCCAGGAGCCUCUGGACCUCAUCAGUUACAUCGAUGCUGCGCAGCAAGAUGGAAAACUGCCGUUUGUUCCCGGAGAUGAGGAGAUGGUCCUGGGAGUGUCCAAGCACGGGGUCAAAGUGGCGUCAGUAGAUCAGUGUGACGUGCUGCAUCGACACCCUCUCUACCUGAUCGUUCGCAUGCUGUGCUACGACGACGGCCUGGGCGCCGGGAAGAACCUGCUGGCUCUGACGACCACCGACACCAAGCAGCAGCAGUGCAGCAUCUGGGUGUACCAGUGCAGCAGCUCGGAGCAAGCUCAGAACAUCUGCAAGGUGCUGUCGGCCUCUUUCGACUGCGCCCUGUCGUCAAACAAACCCUGACGCUGCUCCGCUUGUACACCCAUCAGCCGCCGCCGGCGUAGCAUUAGCUUACCCAGGAUGCACCUGCUUUGUAGCAGAAGGUAUCCAGGCGGCUGCGUCUGGUCACCUUUCAGUGUUUUAAAUAUUUAACCAACCCRUGGUCGGCGGAUUUACUGUGAGUGUUUUAUUUACCCCCUCAUUGAAUGUAUUUCUGUUUACUUUUGUAUUUUCAAACUAAACACCAAAAAGUGGAGCAUUUCUAAAAAGUGAUUCAAUAUAAAUUGAAAUGCUAAAUGGUACAAAAUGCUCCAGCCCGUCUGCAGUAGACGGGAAACAUUAAUCGGCACCAAAACAACAGGGUACAAGUUCAAAGGUUGCUCCUCUCUGAGGAAACGAUCAUCAUGUUGUUUUCCUCAUGACAGUAUUGGUACAGUCACUUUUUAAAACCCGUUUUUAGAUUUUUAGUUUAAUUGGUAAAAACAUUUGGUACCAAAUCCUUGUUUUUAUUUCAUUUAUUGCAUUGAUUAUGUCUGCAGAUAAUCUGUUUUAUGUGCAUGUUGCGGGACUUCUGUUUACAGUUGUGGACUUCAUGUUGUACGAUAAGUUUUCUGUUUCACUUUGUUCAAAAUGUGAGAAAAAAAUAAAUGACUUGAUGUGGUGCUUUUUAUGUG